AUGCAAGAUCUGACAAGUGGCUGUACUGCACUGAGUGCUGUAGAAAAGGCCAUUUCUACAUUAGAGAACUCCCCUGCCACCAAUGCGGGCUAUGGCUCGUCCUUGAACAGUGCAGGUGACGUAGAAUGUGAUGCUUCGAUCAUGUAUUCCAAAAAUCAUCACUUUGGCUCUACAAAGAAUUGUGAUCGACCAGAGGACACAGUUGGGGCAGUAUGUCUUGACACCUACGGGGACGUAGCAGCCGGAUGUAGUACUGGUGGCCCAGAGUACAGAGUCCCUGGCCGAGUGAGCCAUGCAAGUGUCUUUGGUGCGGGUUCCUGGGCGGAGGAAGGUCCUCAGGCCACAGUAGCCGUGUCCACUUCCGGGAUGGGAGAGCAGUUGCUCACUUGCUCUUUAGCCCGGAAGAAUGCUGAGUUCUGUUUUCGGCGAGGAUUCCGUGAUUUUAAUGCUGAAGCGGAAUCGGAGUUUAUUUGCUCGGAAUUUAUUGGGUCAAAAUUUUCAAAUUCGUGUCCUUAUAAACUUGGCGGGAGUUUGGUUUUGAUGAAAGAUAGUGAAGAAAAUGACGCGAAAAUAGUUUGGGGACAUUGUACAAAAUCUAUGCUGAUUGCGUACAUUUCGAGUUCUAUGGUUGAACCGACGGUGGUUUUUUGGUCACAUUUAUAA